AUGUUCCCUGGAAAUUGCUCGUCAUCUCUUAGAGACAGCGCCUACCAGACAACUUUUAUUGCUUUGCCAUUUCCCACGGGCGUGCUAAACUCGCGUAUAGUGCUUUUUCGCUGUCGGCGACUCGCAGUACUCAGCGCGGUUCUGCGCGACUUCCAGGAUCUCUGCGACAUAUUAGCAUAUAAGCCGCUCGCACUUCAGAACGAGACAGUGCUUGCAGUUGGCUGGUUCGAGGCUCAAAAAGUGCCCGAGCACUUAAGACAAUUACAACAGCUUUUUGGGAACGCUGCCGCAGAGACUCUCGAACCUUGCUUCAUCACAGACCCGACCACUCUGGCAAACGUCAUUUCGAAUCACGAGUUUAAGUAUCUGGAGGAUAGCUAUGCAACCGUUUAUGUCUCCUGUGACCAAGAGGUCGACGUGAACAGAUUUCGAGAUCAGCUCGCAGGAUAUCUUGGCAAGUUCGGUGCCAUUAUUAGUUUCGAAACAGUUGCUCAUCUGAAAAAUACAUUCAAGUGUACGUUUGAUGACAUCAGAGCGUCCUUCAAAGCACGCGCGGUUCCCCAAUCAUACAUCAGCAACACUCUAAUACACAUGCGUUCAUCUUUACAAGAGCUUUGCGAAAAACCCGCAAUCAGAGACACAAAAAGCCAACCAAACUUGCAAGUCAUUAAUUGGAUGACAGGAGACAUCAAACGCAUGGAAAGCGAGCACACAGAACAGAGUAAUGAUGAGUGGAGAAAGAGUCAGCAUCUGAAAACACGGCGGCCGCUUUCAGGCUCUCUCAGGACUAAUUACGUCCCGCACGAAAAUCAAAUAGACAUUACAAGGAUCCGUUUGGGACAAGAUCCACGCAGAACCAUCAUGAUAAGGAACGUUCCGAACAAAGUUAACCACAAUGAGCUCAAGGAGUUCAUAGACCUGACGAGCAAAGAUUUAUAUGACUUCCUCUACUUGCGCAUUGAUUUUGAGAACCAUUGCAACGUUGGAUACGCCUUCAUUUCUUUCGUUGAGCCAAGACACAUUAUCAGGUUCUAUAUUGAGCGAGCCGGAAAGAAAUGGAACAAGUUCAACUCAGAAAAAGUUUGCGAGAUGUCGUAUGCGAAAGUGCAGGGCAAAGCAAAACUGAUAGACAAGUUCAGAAACUCGAAAAUUAUGGGAGAAAACCCUGGUUAUCGGCCAAGGCUGUAUCACACAGACGGACCACUGAAAGGAGCUGAAAUCAGGUUUCCACCUCCCACAAAACGGGGGGCUCUCCUGGAUGACUAA